AUGCCGCUCUGCCAAAUCCUCUGCAACAAGAACUUCGAGAAGGCCACCGCGGAUGCCUUCCUCGCGGAUGUAGAAACAGCUCUGAGCAAAGCCCUGGGAAAGCCGGCCCAGUACAUCAACGUCAGCCUCACCCUUGAUGCGACGGAGUUAGAGCAGUUCGAUGCUGUCCUCCUCAAACCCAGGUGGAGCCAAACGGGGAAUCUGAAACAACAAACAGCAGCAGCAACAGCAACAGUAACGCCAAACGGAGCACCGGCACCGGAUGCAGCAGCAACAACGCAUUCAGCAGCAGCAGCAGUAAACCCACCAGCACCAGCAACGACAGCACAUGCAGCAGUAGCAACAACAGCACUUUCACCGGCAACAGCAACAGCAGCGCAUCCGACAGCAACAGCACACCCAGCAACAACUGCAGAUCCAGCAGCAACAGCAACAGCAUACGCAGCAACGCCAACAGCAGCAACAACAGCACACCCAGCAGCAGCAGCAACAACAGCACACCCAGUAACAGCAGCAAUAACCGCACACCCAGCAACAGCAGCAACAACAGCACACCUAGAAACAGCAGCAGCAAAAGUACACCCAGCAACAGCAACAACAAAAGCACACCCAGCAACAGCAGCACACAGCAGCAGCAACCGCACACCAAGCAACGCCACCAGCCCAACCACCAGCAGCAGCAUCAGCACAUCCAGCAGUCUCAGCAUAUCCAGCAGCAACAGCACAUCCAGAAGCAGCAGCAACAGCCCAUCCAACAGCAACAGCAGCAGCAACAGGAUACCCAGCAGCAACAGGACACUCAGCAACAGCAAACCCAACAACAGCCCAUCCAGCAGCAGCAGCGGCAACAGCAGCCCGUAUAGCAGCAGCAGCGGCAACAGCACACCCAGCAGCAGAAGCAGCAACGGAGCACCCAGCAACAUCAGCAACAACAGCACACCCAGAAAAAUCAGCAACAACAGCACACCCAGUAACAGCCGCAACAACAGCACACCCAGCAACAGCAGCAACAGCAGCACACCCAGCAACAGCAGCAGCAACAGCAUACCCAGCAACAGCAGCAGCAACAAUACACACAUGCAACUGCAGCAGCAACAGCACACCAAGCAACAACAGCAGCAACAGCACACCAAGCAACAGCAGCAGCAACAGCAGCAGCAACAGCACACCCAGCAACAGCAGCAGCAACAGCAGCAAAAACAGCACACCCAGCAACAGCAGCAGCAACAGCAGCAAAAACAGCACACCCAGCAACAGCAGCAGCAACAGCACACCAAGCAGCAGCAGCAGCAACAGCAGCAAAAACAGCACACCAAGCAACAGCAGCAGCAACAGCACACCCAGCAACAGCAGCAGCAACAGCACACCAAGCAGCAGCAGCAGCAACAGCAGCAAAAACAGCACACCCAGCAACAGCAGCAGCAACAGCACACCCAGCAACAGCAGCAGCAACAGCACACAGCAGCAACAGCAACAGCAGCAAAAACAGUACACCCAGCAACAGCAGCAGCAACAAUACACACAUCAACAACACCAGCCCACAAAGUAGCACUAACAGCAGCGCAUCCAGCAGCAUCAGCGCAUCCAGCAGCAACAGCACAUCCAGAAGCAGCAGCAACACCCCAUCAACAGCAACAGCGAACCCAGCAACAGCAGCAAAUCCAGCAGCAGCAGCGGCAACAGCAGCCCAUACAGCAGCAUCAGCAGCAACAGCUCAUCCAGCAACAGCAACAACAGUACACCCAGCAUCAGCAGCAGCAACAGCGCAACCAGCAAAAACAGCACCACCCCAUCCAGCGACAGCAACAACAGUUCAUCCAACAGCAGCAGCCUAUCCAGCAGCAGCAGUAG